GUUAGUUUAAUUUUUAAGUAUACAUUAAAAAAAUUUUCAAAAAUGAAUUGUUUACGAAGAAUUAGUAUUUUACAAGCGAAAAAAUGUUUAACUUAUUCAACUUUACCUAAGACGGAAUUAACUUCUCCCUCAAAUAAACUUGAAUAUUUACAAUCCAACAUGUUAACGCAUCCAGAUUACUUUCAAUUACAUAAUUUAUUUACCGUUGAAGAUUUAUUUAAUGCUCGAGUUCAUUAUGGGCAUAAGGACGGUUCUUUGGACGAUCGAAUGAAACCUUACAUAUUUGGUUCUCGAUUAGGGCAUCUUAUUUUUGAUCUCGAUAAAACAGCUGAACAUUUACGAAUAGCUUUAAAUUUUGCCGCACACAUCGCAUACAGAGGUGGUGUUAUACUUUUUAUUUCUCGACACCCACAAACAGCAAAUUUAGUUGAGCACACGGCCAAAGAAUGUGGGGAAUUUGCACACACAAGAUUUUGGCGAGGUGGUGUAUUUACAAACGCUGAUGUUCAAUUUGGUGCAGUGACUCGCUUACCAGACUUAUGUAUAUUCUUUAAUACCUUAAACAAUGUGUUAGCUCCACAUAUAGCUGUACGUGAUGCAGCUAAAAUGGCAAUACCAACUAUUGGUAUUGUUGACUCAAAUUGUAAUCCAAAUUUGAUUACUUAUCCGGUACCUGGUAAUGACGACAGUCCACAAGCAAUUCAAUUAUAUUGCAAAUUAUUUUCAACAGCAAUUUUGGCUGGUAAAAAAGUUCGUAAAGAACACAAUUUAGAUUAAUUAUUACUGUUUGUUAGUUUUAUU